AACCCUACAGAAAGUGAACCCCACCACCUUCUUCAUCUCCAAACCCAAAACUUCACAAUGCAGUCUUCACGAAUCCUGAGAAACAUUUAUCUCAACCGUCACCUAAUUCUAUUCCAGCAGCGUUCAAUCUUCACCACGGCGCCACUUCAAAGCUCAUGGAUGGACUCCAUCAAAGGAGUCUUCACCGGGAAAAAAUCAUCCUCAGAAGACCCCAAUGUCACCUCUGAGUCUUUCACUCUCCUUCAGUUUGUUGAUGGUUUAAAGAAUGCAAGAAGGUUGGGUACUUUUAAGAAUUACAUAGUGGGUAGAAGCAGUGAAGCCACGUUUGCUGAUGCUUUUGAGAAACAGGAAGCCAUUCUUCGUUAUCUUGGUGGUUUUGAUCCCAAAGGAGAGAAUAUUCAAAGCAGUCAAAAACAAGAAGCUGCAAAGCAGUGUAAUUGCACAAUAGCUGAUGUUGAGAAUGCUCUUGCUAAUUUCACUUGGGCUAAAGAAGCACAAAAGAAGAUAGAGAAGUUAAAGGAGGAAGGGAAGCCAAUGCCCAAGAGCAUGACAGAGAUUCAAAAGAUGAUGGGGUCAACACCACUAGAUGUUGCCAGGUCCAAUUUGGCUAAGAGUGGGCAGAUCAGUAGAAACGCCCUCUGUCCUUGUGGUUCCAAGAAGAGAUAUAAACGGUGCUGUGGAAAAGAUUAAGAUCUAAGAAGACUAAAUGGAAGAGGGUUUCUGCAACUUGGAUGUGAGAGAGAUCCUUUGAGAUGGUAAAAUCCGUGCACUUCCAUAGACGUCUCUCUAAGUCUUUUUGUUAGUUAUACUCUUGGAUGAGUUUGUAUGCCAAGGGAAUCUUAAUUUUCAAUAUGGGGAACAGAGACGCCUGCUACUUAUUGAUUGUUUAACCCAAAAGCGGCUUGUAUUUAUACAUUUUUUUUUUUUAUGAUGGGGGAUUCAGAUGGAAUAAUGCUAUUUUACAAUGCAUAAAGCCAAUAUGGAAUUACCA